ACUCGACGGCAGCCGUCAUUCGUAUUUCUGUGGUCGGUAGAGUAGCAGCACGGCACACGUGUGCGUUCGUUCGUUCGUUACUAGUGUCUGUCUCUCUGUUCCUGUUGUUCGGUUCACAUAUUUUCGCGGUCCUUUCGCACCCAACCAAUCGUGUUAGUUUCACUGGUUAAGUAAGCUCAACUUUUCAGCUUCGCGCCGUUCAAGAAGCGUUCCAAACUUUGAGUUGGUAUACCCGUUCUGAUUAGUUUGUGAGAGAACAUUAGGCGAUUGUUUGUUUUACUGAAUGCAAAGGACCUCUGGAUCAAAUCAAAAGCGAAAUCUCCCCUCCACAGACGGAUUACUCAUCAACGUGUGUGCGACCGUUUGUAAACGACAAGGAAACAAAACUACAGAGUCUGCAAACAAAAAAAACGAGUGAUAUAAAGUGAAAUCAAGUGCUUUUACUUCAGUGACCAACACUUUUACACAUACGUACCGCACGCAUAUACGUGAAUGAGAUUUUUGUAUUCAAAUGCAAAAAGGUAGAAAAGAUAGAAACGAGUCAAAUAUAUAGUGUAACAAGUGCGAAUUAAUCGCGAGCCUCAGCUUUGGUACAUUAUUAGUGUGGUGAAGUGGAAGAGAGCAGAAGCAGAAAACAAAUUAUACUUAAUGAUUCUACAGUUGUAAAUCUCUUGCAUAAUGUGUAGUGUGAAUAGAAGUGAUUCAUCUUACCUAGAUUUGUGAGCAUUACAGUAAAUUGAUUGCGUUCAGCCAGUAAGAAAAAGUGAUCCUGUCGAAAGAGAACGAGAGAGAGAAACGAUCGAGAGAAGGGCUGUGAGAUCAUUUCUAAAUAGAAGUUGCAUAAACACGGUAAAAGGGGCGCACGAAGAAUAGUUGCCCGAUUGAGUCAUUCGUUCGUUAAGUCGAUCGCCUGCCCCGCUAGCGACAGCUGUCAGCGAACGCUCUAUCACCUGUCAAAAUUAUCACCAAUCGCUUAGCAGCAGUCACCGCUUCGUGCUUCUCAAGCCCGGAGUCGUCCUCACCUGCAUUGGUAACAACCCGCGCCGACGUAACGUUCACGAAGAUGAGGAUAAAGCGCGAGUCCACCUGUUUAGGAUUAAGGCUAAUGCCUACCACCAAGUUGGCCAUUCACAAUCCGCACAAACGCCACAAAGAUACCUGCGAUGAUUCAUCGAUCACGCCCGGAACCCGGAUCCCCUUGGCACGCAGCUGCUCCAGUCCGGCAGUAUCCUACGGUAAGCCAACGUCGUCAUUCCCCGUUUAUGAGCUGCCCUCGCCCAUCUGCCAUUUAUAUGCACAUUGCCCAAGAGGUGUGGCUUCCCCCCCCGGCGGGACCUGCAUCAGAGCCCAUCCGAACCGUCGAGACGGUUGGUUCUUCUGGGCUGACACAUCCCACCUGUUCGGAUCAGAAGAUGUGAGAGCUGCUGGAUCUGCCGCACACUCUGUGCGAUGUCUGGUUGGGAAUGGUUGUGGUGCGAGUGUCGGUCUUUGCAUAUUUCUGCCGGAGAAUUCAAACUAUGCAGGCGGCAAAGUGGUCGACUGCUGUGGCGAAGACGAAUGCCACUGGUGUAUGGCACACGUCGGCACAUUGUACGAACUUACAGAGGAUGCCCGGAAAAAGGGUUCCACAGUACUGUUGCACUGUCAGGCCGGAAUCAGCCGCAGCGCUACGAUCGCGAUAGCAUACGUCAUGCGCUACAAGGCUAUCUCGCUGCUGGAAGCCUACCAAAUCGUGAAGCUAGCCCGCCCCAUCAUAUCCCCCAAUCUAAACUUCAUGGGUCAGCUGCUGGAGCUGGAGCAAACGCUGAUAGCCGACGGGAAGCUUGAACCGCCGCCACCUUCACCGAUAGUGCCGCCCAGUCAGCCACCGUUUUUCCUCAUCAACAACUGCAGCAAGUUCAGCCAACACGACGAGGUUGAGGGGAUGGACGACGAGGAUGAUGAUGAUGACAACAAGAAUAACAACACCAACAACAACCGGGACAGUGGCUGCAGCACGGCCAGCAGCAGCAGCACAGUGUCCAGCAGGAGUAGCACCAGCCACCACAACAACGGCAAUGGCCGCUGCCCACCACGGUUGACGCUAAAGUUACCAACCGCCACGUCGUCACCCCCAUCGUCGCCAUCCUCGCUCUCAUCGCCAUCGUCACUGUCCUCCUCGUCGUCAACGCCAUCGCCAACACAGUCGCUAGCACCAGUGCCGCAGACGCCCGUUAGCACCAGCGCCCCACGCUCAUUUCCCUCCUGCAGCAAAAGCAGCAGUUCCAACGCUGGGGCGCGAUUACCGAGCUCUAGCUCCUGAUUCGGCAUAAGCUAGUUAGAACUAUUUGCUUUCGUCCCUAUUACUUUCUAUAAUCAUAAAUUUGUGUGAUACAAAACAACUAUUUUUAAACAAGAGCUAAUUUAUGAAUUCUAUACAAAGCGCUCCCUGUAAAUAGUGUUUAGUCCAUAAGAAACCCCGGCUUUCAUUCGUUAGUCGCGAAGAAUCAUAUUGCAUUGAGAUAACAAAGUGUGAGUGUGUGUGUGUGUGUGUGUGUGCUGCGAUAUGUGUGCGAGCGUCAGCAGAACAGAACAAUGUAUAAUUAACUUCAUGAGAGAUAAGCGAAUUGCCCCCAUAUCAUCAUCAUUGUUUACACAAAACAUAUAUAUUCGUCGUCAGAAAUUGUUUGACUACCUUUUUUUUUGGAUGCAUUUAGCGUCACCGCUGCUGUCGCGAGUGUCUUCCCCCCGAUGUCAUCAUCCACGGGGAGAAUUACAAAUUCACCGCCGCCAUGUAUCUCCUAAUGCUAUCAAACAAACCGAGAAAAACCUACACAUAAAGCAAACUCUAGUCUCAUUUACCGUUUAAGUUCUACUACCUACGCCAAGAUUAUAAUGUUAAGAGACUGUAGAUUUACUCUAGUGAACUAUAUAUGAAUACAAAUAAAUAUAUCAACGAGAACAAACAAACAAAUAAACAAAAACAUUACUAUUUGAAUCGAUGUCGACCUGAAACGGCGAGGAUAAAUUUCUCGUCACGUGCGGGAGUGCGUUCCCGCUCGUCAUUUCUAUUUUCUUUCAUUUUCACCAUCUUUUUUGGGAGAAAAUGAAACAAUUACCCAAAGGCUGUGCUAAAUUUUAACUACUCUGAUAUAGAAUUCAAACUGAAAAAAAUAACACUUAUAGCUGUAAUACGCGAGAACAAUAACUCCGAGCUUCACCACAAACCUACACCCACAUAUGUACGCUUGUACGCAAAAAAAAGUAUAAUAGAACAUAUCUCUCCUUAAACAGCAGUAGUUACGCCACUGUGGUUGGUUCAGCAUUGUGUGACAACCACAAAAAAGCUUAUUAUUAUGUUGAUCCUAAUUGCUAUGGCAAGAGAAAAAAGAUGAUCAUCUAAUAUGGUAUAGUAAUAAGAGUACGUAGAAGGAAGAGCGAAAGAAGUUUUAAGUGUUCUCAGUUUCCCUGUAAAAACCCUUGCCGCCAAAAAACAUGUCAUGCAUGCGUCUGCUGCUAACUCCCUCAGAACACUUGCUUCUAUCGGCAAACGGCAUGCGCCUUAACCUUAAGCAAAUCGAAGAAUGUACAAUACACCUAACGGCACAAGUUAAAUACUGCACGUGCGAAAGAUAUAACAGGCAGGACCCUGGAGGAGAAUGAAGUCCAGCGAUUGUGUAAAUAGAUCCAACCGCUACCCCGUCCCACGAACGGAACGGAUCGGCGGCGAAACGAAGCUAAAAUAAACUAUUUAUUGAAACCCAAAACCUGUACCAUAUUAUAGAGAGAAUCAUUUUCGUUUGUUUCUAGUUUUAAUGUUUAAAUUAUUGACCCUAAGCCUAAGUAGUUGAUAUGAUGCGCUUGCGAGCAGAGUCGACACUCAAAAAUAUAA